AUGGCGAUUACUCCAAAGCCUACGGUGGGCUUCGUUGGCCUAGGGGCCAUGGGAUUCGGCAUGGCAACCCAUCUUGUCAACCAGGGCUACACAGUCAAGGGGUUCGACACUUGGGCUCCUGCCUUGGAACGGUUCAAAGUAACUGGAGGUACAGUGGCAGCGUCGUUGGAGGACUCCGCCAAAGGAUGCAUGUACUAUGUUUGCAUGGUGGCUUCCGCACCCCAGGUCCAAGCUGUUCUAUUUGACGAUGCUAGGCCCAUUGUUAACGCGCUACCCCAUGAGGCAAUCCUUAUACUCUGCUCUACCGUACCAGCUUCAUAUGCUCAGUCAGUCCGUGACCAGCUGGUUUCCCGGGGUAGGGGUGAUAUAUCUUUCAUUGAUGCACCCGUCUCUGGUGGCGCCAUACGUGCUGCCAACGGGACCCUGUCGAUCAUGGCAGGAGGUUCAGACCCGGCACUUAAACGUGGCGAGUCCUUACUUGCUGAGAUGUCAGAUACGGCCAAGCUAUACCUGGUUCCUGGUGGUGUUGGAGCGGGAAGUAACAUGAAAAUGGUCCAUCAGGUCUUAGCAGGUAUACAUAUUCUUGCUGCUAGUGAAGCCAUGGGGUUCGCUGCUCGACUAGGCCUUAAUGCACAGGAUGUCUGCAAAGCCAUUAUUGCCUCGGCUGCCUGGAGUUGGAUGCACGAGAACCGCUCUCCGAGGAUGCUGAAAGAGGACUAUUUCCCGGGUGUUAGUGCUUUGACUAUAAUCCUCAAAGACGUCACAAUCAUCACCAAAUCCGCACGUAUAAAACAUUUCCCAGUACCGCUCUCGUCUGCCGCUGAGCAGAUUUACGUUGCUGGCCUAUCUCGCGGCUUCGGUCCUGAUGACGAUGCAGGCAUGGUACGCAUGUAUUACUCGGAGCCCAUCACCAAGGUCGCAUCUUCCGCCACCAGGACUCCAGAGUCCAAAUCCAGGGCUACAAACCUCGUCAUAUCACUUCUUCGUAAUAUCCAUCUAUGCGCAGCUACCGAAGCUGUUGCUUUUGCUCGCUUCUUAGGCCUUGACAUGACUCAGUUCUACGAGUUAGUCAACCCCGCAGCAGGUGGUAGUUUCAUAUUUAAAUCCAGGGCGAUGGAAAUGAUUGAUGGUAUUGGUCAGACUGGUGUAUCCACAGGCAGGACAUUGAACGAAGCUAUUGAUGAGCUUUCCGCUGUUGUACAAGAGGCGAGAAAUAUAGAUUGCCCCAUGUACCUGGGUGCUGCGGCUUUAGGGAUGAUGCAUCAGGCAGAGUAUAGGGGAUGGGGUAAAGGACCAGAUUCGAGUGUCGUCAGGCUAUGGGAGAUGCAUCACGGAGAUAGCUCGAGUUCGACAUAG